ACGGGAAGGCAUACAGCUCGGACGAGGAGAAGCUGGAGGUGAAGUCGGCGGCAACGCCUUGCAGCGAGCGGGAGGAGGAGAGCUCGGCAGGCGACAGCGAGGACGAGCCCUUCCUGGACGGAGCGGCCGGCGGUGGGCUGGGCGCCAAGGGCAAGGGCAAGGGUGGCCCCACGGCCGAGCAAACGCCGCCGGGUUCCGGGGCCGGCAAGAGCCGGCGACGGCGCACGGCAUUCACGAGCGAGCAGCUGCUGGAGCUGGAGAAGGAGUUCCACUGCAAGAAGUACCUGAGCCUCACGGAGCGCUCCCAGAUCGCACACGCCCUGAAGCUCAGCGAGGUGCAGGUGAAGAUCUGGUUCCAGAACCGCCGCGCCAAGUGGAAACGCAUCAAGGCGGGCAAUGUGAGCAACCGCUCGGGCGAGCCCGUCCGCAACCCUAAGAUCGUGGUGCCCAUCCCGGUGCACGUCAACCGAUUCGCCGUGCGCAGCCAGCACCAGCAGAUCGACACAGUCCUGUGCCUGGGCUGCAUGUUGAGUCCUGGUGCGGAGGCCGCCUCAGCAAGCUGGCGGGAGGCUCUCCUGCCCUGUGUGGGCAAUGUAGCUCAGUGA